AAUGGGCACACGAUAACUAAAAUGGUCCAAUGUAACGAUUGCUUCGGGGCUUUGACUGGCAGUCUGGCACCCUCUUUAUUUGACGAAGUUUGUUUUGCAAGCGCUUCAGAAUUGGGAUAAGCUCGAAGCGGAGGGAGAUGGAGACGGCGUUCCAGGAUGGCAAAGAGGAAGUUCUUCAAGCUUGGUAUAUGGAUGACAGUGAAGAAGAUCAGAGACUUCCCCAUCACCGUGAACCAAAGGAAUUUGUUUCAUUAGAUAAACUUGCAGAACUGGGAAUACUUAGUUGGCGCCUGAAUCCUGUUGAUUAUGAGAAUGAUGCAGACUUGAAAAAGAUCCGAGAAGCAAGGGGGUAUUCUUACGUGGAUAUAUGUGAUGUGUGCCCAGAGAAAUUGCCAAAUUAUGAGGCUAAGCUGAAGGAUUUCUUUGAAGAACACCUACAUACUGAUGAAGAAAUACGUUAUUGCCUUGAAGGGAGUGGAUAUUUCGAUGCAAGAGACAAAAAUGACCGUUGGAUAAGGAUAGCAGUGAAGCAAGGAGGCAUGAUUGUCUUGCCUGCUGGAAUCUAUCAUCGAUUUACUCUUGACUCAGACAAUUAUAUCAAGGCAAUGCGCCUCUUUGUGGGCGAACCAGUUUGGACUCCCUACAAUCGCCCCCAUGAUCAUCUCCCUGCAAGGAAAGCAUAUGUGGAAACUUUUGUUGGGAAUCAACCGGUCAAAGCUAAUUGAAGACAACUCGGGAAUAAUCGCGAAAUAAUAACUAUCGGAGUCCACCGAUAGUGCAUCUCUUUUCUGCCUGGUUGAUGAACUUGUUGUCGAGAUUAAUACCAACUGUCGAGUUUUAUACUUUUGAGAUGGGUUCUUCCUCAUCAAUUUCUAUGUUUGAGUUGUAAGAACGAAUGGUUUUCUUAGAUAAUAUGCCUGGUUGAAUUUAA